AUGCCGCACUUCAACUCCCUGCUCUCCGAGGGCACUGGGACGCUACGUGCGCGGACAGUCUUUCCAUCGGUCUCGGCGCCGGCUUGGUGCGCUGUGCUAUGCAGCCAGGGCCCACCCGAGUCGGGUAUACUGGGCAACGAGUGGACACCAGAACCCUGCUGGACCGAUCCACCUUCUGAUGAACCUUUAGGUGGCAUCGAUAAAGGUGCUCGAGAGGCGCUGCUUCCUCUGAAACCUGGCUCCGAGGGGGGUGAGUUCAACGCGAUGCCCCCGUCCAACGGCCGUGGAAAAGUGCCAGAAACGAUGUGGGUCGUGGCCAAAGAUGCCUUCGCCGCCCGUGGUGAGACCUGCAGGACUGCGGCUGUGCUGGGUUGGGACUGGAUCCAUCACCUUUGUGCCGACUGCGACGUGCUAAUCCGCGACAAGGACGAUGAGGAAGCGGCAGAAGCAAUGGCGCAGCUCAUCCGAAGCCACGAGCCUCCCGACCUCAUGUUCCUUCACCUGGAUGAAGUGGACCAUGCAGGGCACGAUCACGGCUGGGGCUCCGCGCAGUACUUCGCCGCCAUGCACGAUGCGGACCGGCGUUUGGGUCUCCUCCUCGAGGCUCUGCGCAGCGCCGGCCUCUUGGAGGAAACCUUCGUUGUCGUCAUCGCUGACCACGGAGGCUUUGAGCAAGACCAUGGCGGUUUCACGCAGGUAGAACUUUUCGUCCCGUUCGUGGUUCGCGGCCCCGGGGUGCUCCGGGGAAGGAAGCUCGCAGAGGACGUGGUUUGUGUGAGCCUCUUAGACGUCGCACCGACGGCACUGGCUUCUCUGGGUGUUCGGCCCGGGCGGUGGAUGCGGGGCCGCGUGGUGGAAGAGUGCUUCUGA